AUGGCAUUGAAUUGGUCUCAACAUGGGGGGCUUAGUGCGGGCGAUAAGAAGAAACUCGAUGUACACUGGACACGGUCCGAGCAGUACCUAUCUCCAAAAAGCAACUUUCGCCUCUCCAGGUUCAAGCUACGAACAACGAAACAAGAGCCAGGUGAGACUGUUGAUUCUUUUGUUAAAAGGAUUAGAAUACUUAUUGAUGAAUGUCAAUUUACAAACCCUGAUGAACAUAUCAUAGAUACUCUUAUUUUUGGCUCGUCAUCAAAACGUACACAGUCAAAACUUUUGGAAUAUGAUAAAACUCUGACCUUAGACCGUGCCUUAGAAAUUGCCAGAACUGAGGAAAUUACGAAUAACCAAAUGAAAAGUAUAAGUUCAACUCAUAUAGAUUCCUUGAAGCAUUCUCGAAGGUCAUAUACCAAACCUCGGGGUCCACCCAUUUGCAUGUGUGGGAACUGUGGUACUGAGCAUGAUAUUUCAGAUAGAUCUUUAUGCCCUGCAUAUGGCACAAUUUGCAAGGCAUGUGGUAAGGAAAAUCAUUGGAAAAAAGUGUGUCGUUCGAAGGUAAUAAAGAAGAACCCCUUCCGAAAUAAAGAUAACAGACUUAAAAGUCAAGAUAAGCCGAGAAACAAGCAAAAGCAGAUUGAUGCCACCAGACUGAGAAUUCAGAUUCCAGUGGCUCUCCAGCAACACUAG